AUGGAUGAUAGGGACUCAGUUGAGUCCGUCAGCGUGAGGGAGGACCCUCCUAUGAUCAAAGAUUCUCCGUCUAUUGUCAAGUCACCAUCUCCUAUUGAGCCUGAUGUUGAGCCAACAGAAGGGCCUUCAAUGCCCAUUUCAGGUUCAUUGAGCAGUCUCCCUGAAGAUCACUUCGAGUCUAAAUCUGCCCGGGAGUCUCCUGCAGAUCAACCAACAGACCUCAAAGACCAAGAAAGCAUUCAAGAUAUUCCCGGGAAUUCUCUUACUCAGAAGGACAGCGACUCAAGUGACACCCCCAUGUCUCCGGCCAUUGACCCUGCGUCGAUCAGCAAUCGUAACGCCAACAUUGGCAUCGAUCCUAUCAAGGAAGAUACCAAGGAGUCUAGUACGAAGAGCGAGCCUAUCGAAGAUAUUAAUGAGGAUUUGACGCCUCCUCCGGAAUCUAUCGCCGACACUAUCCCGAGCCGCGCCUCAAGUGUGUCUCUCAAUGACGAGAUUGUUGUUGGUGCCGACGCAAACAAUAACACCAAGGCCAGCCCUACUCGGGCAACACCCGAGUCUAAGGACAUUGAGAUGGGCAACACAGAGGACCAGCCUCUUGCCUAUCAUCCUAAGCGGAAGCGUUCUUCUGUGUCAGCUGACUCAGAUGAUGAGCAUGAGCAUAGCCCUGCAUCCACCGAAGAUCAUGAUUCCCGUCGCUUCAUCCGCCCUACCAAGCCAGCCCCCCUGAAGGGUGUAGUUAUCGGCUUUUGGAGGGACUCUCCUGUCCCCAAUGAUGCUGACAAGCACUCUGUUAUCGGCUUCAUCGAUGCCAGGGACCGUCUGCGGACCCGCAUCCAGCCAACUACCCGCGAUAACCGCACGAUUGAUCACCGCUACCCCAUUCCUCCUGGCCCUGGAGGUAGCUGGGUUACCUUCGACAAGAUUGCCUUUGAUGAACACCUGGUUGGUCAUAACCAUCAUGUGGUCAAAGAAUAUGUUAAGCUGCGUGCACAAACGCUGCAGGUCAAAGAGACUCCGGAGCAGAAGGCCAAGAGGGACAAAGAGGCUAUUGACCAAGCGGUCUAUAACAUCACAACCAACCCUCCUCCCGAGGGUGCUAUAGCGCCCUUGAUUGCCUAUGGCCCUGACGUCCCUGAUAACGCUGUCCUUUACCAGCGUGGCGAUCCCAACAAGCGUCGCCGCGUUGACUCUGGCACAUUUGGUGGUUCGGAGCCCUCGACCCCGACCUCUGUGGCUAACAUCCCUGGCACUCGCCCGACGAGGGUUCUGGUGGGUUAUUGGAAACACUCCAGCGAACCCGAUCCCGCCAACAAGCAUGCCGUUUUCGGCAUCCUCGGCGCCAAUGACAUGUUUCGGGUCAAGCUUGCCCGCGAGACUCGUGAUGGCCGUCCAUGCCAUGGCAAUUUCCCUACUGGUGCCGGUGCUCUAUGGAUCCAUUGGGACGAAGUUGAGUUUGAGCCGCAUUUGAAGCAGCUCACCCGUGCUGAGAUCAAGGAGUACUGCCGCGUCCGUCAGCAGCAGAUCGACAGGGGCGAAGCUCCGGAGGAUCGCAUCGCCAACGAAACCAAGGCCGUUUAUCAAGCUCAACAGCGCGUGGCUUCCAAUCUUUGCUACACCCCUCUUGCCAGCGUCGCCGAGGCCGGCUUUGCUUCAGAUCGUUCUCCCCCUUCUGUCGCAAACGGCAACGGCGUCGCUCCUGCCAGCAACUCUACGCCUGCUGCUGCCAACCCUGACGAGUCCCGCCGUGCAACCCGAGCUGCCACCGCGGCAGCUGCCCAGCAGAAUGGCUCUACCACUCGCCCCAACGGCCGCACCCCGCUCCCAGACAUCGAGUUCCGUGCUGCUAAUCGCACCAACCCCAUGGUUGAGAAGACCAACAACCUCGCCACGCGUGCCAUCGCCCGUAUGGAGACCGCCCAGGCCCGCCAGGAGAUGCGCAUCGCUGCCCGCGAGGCACAGCAGCGCGAGCGCGAGGCUGCUGCUACAGCCACAGCCAACGGUAAUAAUUCGACCACUUCGUCCAUCUCGUCUGGCUCGUCCACUGCCGUGGCUAGCACCAGCAGUAGUGCCAACCGCGCCAUGUUCCAGGACCACAUCUCGCGACUGAACCGAGUGUGGGCGUCGCAGGAGGCGAACCGCGCACGGGCGGGUAAUGACCCCGAUACCAAGGUGUACAUGGGUAUCAAGUACGAGCGCAAGCAGAGUGGUCCGUUCCAGGGUAAGCUCGUCAGCAGUGGGACUAUUAUUAGCAUCGAUGGCGAAGAUUAUGUUGAAUAUCGCGUUUUGAUGAAGCCUAGCUUUUGCUGA